UACCUGUAUAUAGCAAUAGAAUAUGCACCCUAUGGGAACCUGCUUGACUUUUUAAGGAAGAGCAGAGUUUUGGAGACUGACCCUGCCUUUGCAAAAGAGCAUGGUACUGCUUCCACCCUCACCUCACAGCAGUUGUUGCAAUUCGCUGUGGAUGUGGCGACAGGGAUGCAUUACCUCAGCGACAAACAGUUCAUUCACAGGGAUUUGGCAGCAAGGAAUGUUCUUGUCGGGGACAAUCUUGUGGCAAAGAUAGCAGAUUUUGGUCUGUCUCGUGGUGAAGAAGUUUAUGUUAAGAAGACAAUGGGAAGGCUGCCGGUACGCUGGAUGGCCAUUGAGUCCCUGAAUUACAGCGUGUAUACAACCAAGAGUGAUGUGUGGUCUUUUGGUGUUCUCCUUUGGGAAAUUGUAAGCUUAGGUGGCACACCGUAUUGUGGGAUGACAUGCGCUGAGCUUUAUGAAAAGCUGCCACAAGGCUACAGGAUGGAAAAACCUAAAAACUGUGAUGAUGAGGUUUAUGAAUUAAUGAGGCAGUGCUGGAGAGAUCGGCCCUAUGAGAGACCCCCGUUCUCCCAGAUCUCUGUCCAACUGAGCAGGAUGCAGGAAGCUCGGAAGGCUUACGUGAACAUGGCUCUUUUUGAGAACUUCACCUAUGCUGGAAUAGACGCCACGGCCGAGGAGGCC